AUGUCGAACACCGAAGACGAGGCCCCAUCGCCGUCCCCCAACCAGGUCGAAAGCGUAUCUAAAAGUGAUAAUUUUAUGGCCACAACGGAAAAAAAACAGCACUCCUUUGCCGGAAACUGCUCCAGCAGCGGUGGUGAUGCUGUAUCCACCGAAAGGAAGAUCGCGCUGGACGGUGAAAAGAGUCGCCGGCGACUGAAGAUAAUGUCAGAGUCACACGACCGUGCACUAGAAAAAGUUCGCGGUUCUCUCCCCGGCAAGAAAGUCUGGUAUCUGGAAGUGAUAGGAAUCCAUCCAGAUAUGCAAGGACGAGGGAUAGGAUCGAAGGUUAUGAGAAAGAUUCUGGAAUAUGCUGGUACUGAGCCUAUCGUUCUCGAGUGUACGAAAGAGUCCAAUCUCUCCUUCUACAAGAAAUUUGGGUUUGAAGUCUUUGAAGAGGUCCAAUUAAAAGUCACUCCCAGGGAGGGAGAAAGUGAAGCAGUAAGAAUGUGGAUGAUGUUGGGGCAGAAGUAG